AUGAACGCAUUUAACAGUGGUAGUUCUUCGCCAAUCCACACUGCCCCUACUCAAAUCUCUAUUAUGGAUGUCUUCUUCCCUGGCUUCACCGGCAUCACUGCAUCUAUGCAACAGCUCCUGACUGGCAACCUGAACAGCUAUGCUCACCUGAUGUGCAUGUGCGGGAUGUUCCUCUUUCUGGGUAGAUAUGCAUACCGCUACCUGACAGAAUUGGUGGAGGCCUAUUUCAAGUACAAGAAGAAACCAUUGCGUUUUUCACCUUGGAAUGGAUCAUUCUUCUUCGUGUACAAGAACCAUCUGCUCCGGUUCCAGUGCGUGGCAAAAGAGACCAAGGAAGAGAUCUCCAUUUCCUGCAUCGGCGGAUCUUCGCAAAUCCUGAGAGCACUUCUUAGUGAUUGCCGAGCCGAGUAUCUAAAACUUAUUCAGAGAAAGACUACAGUCUUUGAGCAUCAUGAUGGUGAAUGGAGGAAGGCGAAGGCAAGAGACAUCAGACCAAUUUCAACAGUCAUCAUGGAUGAGGACGAGAAAAUGGCCGUGUUGAAAGAUAUCGAGGAUUUCCUGGACGAGCGGGCUCGGGGCUGGUAUGCAAGGCGUGGGAUACCCUAUCGAAGAGGGUUCCUGCUGUAUGGGCCUCCUGGAACCGGGAAGUCCAGUUUCAGCUUAUCUGUCGCCGGGCGUUUUGAGCUAGAUAUCUAUGUACUCAAUCUUUCAAGCAUCGAUGACAACCGCCUGAGCAGCUUGUUUGCCCAGCUUCCCCCGCAUUGUGUCAUUCUCUUAGAAGAUAUCGAUGCUGCUAGUACAGCAGAAACGGAAGACAGUGAAACGACGGAAAACACUGACCAGGCCGCGGUAGGCCCUUCACAGAAGAGCAAGUCUCAGGGAAAUGUAUCUCUGUCCGCGCUUCUUAAUGCCCUGGAUGGCGUGUCUUCGCAGGAAGGUCGAUUGCUGAUUAUGACAACAAAUCACAUUGAGCGUUUGGAUGACGCACUCAUCCGCCCUGGCCGCGUGGAUCGAAAAGUUUUAUUGCAGCUCGCUGAUAAGAAAACUGCAGUUCUUGUCUUUCUGUGGACUGGGACGUAUCCUGAAAGGAUUUCACGUGAUCGGGGGUCACAUGAUGACGCUCAUCCUUCGCUCCCCGUCUGUCUCGAAGGAGGACCAUUAACCCAGUUCUCCUCCCAGCUUCCCAGCUUUGCUUCUAUCGCUCCAUCCUCCCUUUCUCCUCACCAAGGUCUUCCCAGCUUCGUAAAUCACCUGACAUUACACUUCCAUCUCGCACGUGAUCGUAUGCCGCGAAAAUACAAGUGGGGUGGAACUAUGGUGCAUCAGCCAAUCAUUGGCGACAGUUAG